UAUUUUGACGGUUUGCCUCUGUUCUUUGUGACCAUGCAGUGGUAGGCUAAACUACCAUUUUAGUUUGCUAUAAUUUAUUAUUUACGCGACGACCGGUCAAUUAUAAUCCAUCCGCUUUAAUCUGCGAGCCUCGUUGUCGCCUCCUAAUUGCUGAGGCCAGGAACGGGUCUGUGAGUAAACGGUGUAGUCUGGGGAGCAGUGCACCGUGCAUCAACCCGCCAGCGGCACUCCCUCAUCCCCAAACUGGACGGUGCAACGGCUCCCCGGAACUCACACAGCCGUAGCGGCUGGCAACGUCUUCAAAUUGGGUUUCGGUCCAAUAAUAUGGAAAAAGACGGAUGGAAAUACUGAUGACAGUCCGAAAGAUCGCCUCGAUUUGUACGAUGGGCGCCAAUGCCUCUGCUUUGGAGAAGGAGAUUGGACCAGAACAGUUUCCCGUUAAUGAACACUACUUUGGAUUGGUCAACUUUGGGAACACCUGCUACUGUAACUCUGUGCUGCAGGCUCUCUACUUCUGCCGUCCGUUCAGGGAGAAGGUCCUGGCCUACAAGGUCCAGCCCAGACGUAAAGAGUCACUGCUCACCUGUCUUUCUGACCUCUUCAACAGCAUCGCCACACAGAAGAAGAAGGUGGGAGUCAUCCCUCCCAAGAAGUUCAUCUCACGACUGAGGAAAGAAAAUGAGUUGUUUGACAACUACAUGCAACAGGAUGCCCAUGAGUUCCUCAACUACCUCCUCAACACUAUCGCUGACCUGCUGCAGGAGGAGGAGAAGAGCCAGGAGAGGCAGCAGAAUGGAAAACUGUUGCAGAACGGAGGAGGAGGAGUUGGGGGCAGCAGCGGGACGGGAGGAGGACCGGGUGAGGAGGGGGAGAAGACACAGCAGACCUGGGUCCACGAGAUCUUCCAGGGAACCCUAACAAACGAGACGCGCUGCCUCAACUGUGAAGCUGUGAGCAGUAAAGACGAAGACUUCCUGGACCUGUCUGUAGAUGUUGAGCAGAACACCUCCAUCACACACUGUCUCAGGGGUUUCAGCAACACAGAGACACUAUGUAGUGAAUACAAGUACUACUGUGAACAGUGUCGGAGUAAACAGGAAGCACAGAAAAGGAUGCGUGUGAAGAAGCUGCCUAUGAUCCUGGCCUUACAUCUGAAGAGGUUUAAAUACAUGGACCAGCUGCAGCGUUAUACCAAGCUGUCCUAUCGCGUCGUCUUCCCUCUGGAGCUCCGCCUCUUCAACACCUCAGGAGACGCCACCAACCCCGACCGCAUGUACGAUCUGGUCGCCGUGGUCGUCCACUGUGGAAGUGGUCCAAACCGUGGUCAUUACAUCACCAUAGUGAAGAGUCAUGGCUUCUGGCUCCUGUUUGAUGAUGACAUCGUAGAGAAAAUUGACGCCCAGGCGAUCGAGGAGUUCUACGGUCUAACGUCAGACAUUUCCAAGAACUCUGAGUCCGGUUACAUCCUGUUCUACCAGUCCCGGGACUGAACCAGCCAAUGGGAUUUGGACUCAGCAUAGGGAGGGGCUUGGGCUGCCACAGGCCCCGACCAGCCCACCAUCCGUUAUAAAUAUUCAGGCUUUACAGCAGAGCUUUGCACUGUGGAGCGCCAGGAGUAUGGAUGGAGGAUCUUCAGCAGACAGGAGCCAACGAUGGCCGAGCAACCCAUCAGUGUGACAGGAUAUGACUUCAUUGGAGAAGAAGAUCAGCGACCAGGGAUCGUUAUGCUUUGUCAUAGUCAAGAUCGUCCUGAUGGUCUCUCUCUAUGGUUUGAUGGUAGAUUAGAAAAUAUGUUGGCUUGGCUAGCUCGCCGCUUACAUAGCGUGUCGUCAUUACUGGUGUCCUUGUCAUACAUUGUGCCACUGCGGUGGUGUUAAACAGCAGUUUGGUUGGAUGAAAAGUAGAUCUGCCAUUUCCUGAAUGUUCUCCUUUUUCUUUGUUGUUGGUUUGGAGAGUGGGGUGGAGAGAAGAGUUUGGUCCCUUUUUGCAGCUCAGCAGGCCAGAUCUGAUUGUGUUAUAUUACGGUUUGGAUGCUAAAAACUGCACGUCUGUUUUUAAAGGGACACGUGUGCUCUCUAGCCCCCCCCUCCUCUGGCAACCACAGCAAACUACACCACACACACUACAAAACGCCUGGCAACCACAGCAAACUACACCACACACACUACAAAACGCCUGGCAACCACAGCAAACUACACCACACACACUACAAAACGCCUGGCAACCACAGCAAACUACACCACACACACUACAAAACGCCUGGCAACCACAGCAAACUACACCACACACACUACAAAACGCCUGGCAACCACAGCAAACUACACCACACACACUACAAAACGCCUGGCAACCACAGCAAACUACACCACACACACUACAAAACGCCUGGCAACCACAGCAAACUACACCACACACACUACAAAACGCCUGGCAACCACAGCAAACUACACCACACACACUACAAAACGCCUGCCAACCACAGCAAACUACACCACACACACUACAAAACGCCUGCCAACCACAGCAAACUACACCACACACUACAAAACGCCUGCCAAUCACAUAUGUAUGUUGUAUGUCUCCUAAUCAAGCAAGUUCCUCAUUGGUGUCAAUAGCAGUGUUUCAAAUGGCACCUUUAUCUAGUGCACUCCAAAUGUAGUGCACUAGAUAUGGAGUAGGUUCUCAUUUAGCUCCUCCACUUCCUGUCACCUGAUCUGAACCUUCCAAUCGGAGCCUGAUGUAGACAGACGUUUCUUUUCUCUUUUUUUUUUGAACGCACAAGUUAACCGAACAUAGCUGUUGUUUGGUAAUGUUAAAUAUGUGUUACACUGCCAGUUAGAGUAACUAACUUCACUCUUUAUAGGCUACGUCCCGAUAUCUAUACUAGCACACUGCUAAGUAUGCAUGCCCAAUAUAUUCUAAGUAGUGUGCUAGUGCAGAUUUUGGAACGGAACCGAUUUCUCUCAACAGAGAGCAAAAUGGAAUGUGGCCCACUAUUCAAAAAGCUUCUCAGAGUAGGAGUGCUGAUCUACAAUUGGUUUGGCCAUGUAGAUCAUAACCAAUCAGAUUCUUAUGGACAGGGACCUGAUCCUAGAUCAGGGGUUUUAUGAAUACAGGUCCUGAUCCAUAGCUCUGACAUGGGAGGUGUUUUAUAUAUUAUAUUAGCUAGGACUAGAGUGGGGGACAGGGACCUGAUCCUAGAUCAGGGGUUUUAUGAAUACAGAUCCAUAGCUCUGACAUGGGAGGUGUUUUAUUUAUUAUAUUAGCUAGGACUAGAGUGGGUCCUGUGUUAAGUUGAAUGUACAGUAAGGAACUGGCUGUUCAUUGGUUGGCCCAUACACAGGGCCUGGAGUUUUCACCUAUCCUGACCAGUACUAGUUAUAUAACUGCAUCCCAAAUGGCACCCUAUUCCCUACGUAGUGCACUUUUUUUUUUACUUUGGCUCGUAGGGUCUCAUAGGCGCAUUUGGAGUGUGGGAGAGUUAAACUAUCUACCUAGUAAACACUAGUACACUCCUCUAGCCUAUAGGCUACUAUCUACCUAGUAAACACUAGUACACUCCUCUAGCCUAUAGGCUACUAUCUACCUAGUAAACACUAGUACACUCCUCUAGCCUAUAGGCUACUAUCUACCUAGUAAACACUAGUACACUCCUCUAGCCUAUAUGGUUCACUCUCUCUGAGUCACAAAGGACACCCUAUUUCUCAUGUGUGUGUGUGUGUGUGUGUUAAACAGUGGUUUGACCCCUUUUUUUCUCUAUGGGUUAUUGCUGACAGUGCGAUUGACACACACACACACACACACACACACGGCCAACACACUUGGGUUGAUUUUUGUGUUUGGAGUAAGCGACCCACGGACACGCACACAGCAGGACACCGUACAGAAAAACAGCUUUCCGUAGUGUGUAUUCCAGCCUAGCUUAGAGGGACAUGAAAUGCAGCCUGAUGGUCCGUAAAUACUGUUUAGCUCUAGUAGCUUCAUAUGUUACCAACACACUACACUGGUCUGUAAUGAAUCCUGUUUUACUUCCUGGUUCUGUCUCAGUAGUCUAACGGGGCUUCUUCAUCUCCUCUCCAUCUGCAGUGAUGUAUAAACACUGGGUAGAGGACAGAAACUUUUGAUAUGCCUUUCCAGGUAGUUUCUUUCACAUCAAUGCAGAUGAAGGAAAGGAAACUAGAGGAGAGGACACCACGUUAGACUAUUGUGACUCAGCCCCUCCAUGUAUAAGAGGAGUUCGAAGGUCAUUUUAGCUGUUGGGUCUUUUUAGGUUCAGGUUGAAGUUGACCCCCAGGCACAGAUCUAGGAUCUGUGGAAUCUACCUUUACCAUUAAUCCUCAAAUUGACCAUUUAGGUUGGAAACUUCUCAAACAGAUCAGUCUGUAAAGGUGUUUUCAGCCGUUCUGUUUCUUUAAAUGUGCUGACACAUCCCGUGUCCCAAAUGACACCCCUAUUCCCUAUAUAGGGCACUGAUUUUGACCAGAGCCCUGUGCACCAGAUUGGGAUGCACCCAUACCACCGCACCUCCAUCAAAUGGAUGAGAUGGGAAGUGAUGUUAAACAAGGAUGGGGAACAACCUAUAUUAAAACUAGGGUCUUUUGUUUUUAUUUAAGUAUAAUUAUUUACGAAUGUUAUGUUGACCUUUUCCUAGAUGUGUCUUUAAAACAUAUAUGUAUAUUUGACUAAUUUAGUCCUACCAUUCUUGUGUAGGCAUAUGAGAUGAAUGUGGUUUGGAAUUAUUUGGGGGUAAUAUUUCAGAGAUGAUUCGUUACCAAUGGCAACCUAUUCCCUAUUUAGUGCACUACUUUUGACCAUGUUUUCCCAUAGGGCUCUGGUCAAAAGUAGUUCACUAUAUAGGGAAUAAGGUGCUGUUUGGAACACAAAUAUUUACAAAUGUGUAAAUAAGAUAUUAUUGGGGUAUAAUUCAUUGCUUGAAAUAGAGGUCCAUGCAUUAACGUGAUCGGUAAUGUUAAAUUUGGGUCUAGCGUUUUUCUUGACCUCGUGACCUAACCAGGAAAAACUCUGGACCCUAGUAAUAGCUUCUAACUAAUAUCUAGGGCCCAAGUUUAGGGAAAAACUCCCUGGUCCUACAAAUAUUACCUGGCCAAUAUUAAAGCACUCCCUCGCCAAACUAAAUAUUUUAUUUUAUAAAUAGUCAUGACGCAAAGCCGAUAUGCUCUGUUUGUAGAAUCUUCUUCUUUUGAAUGACUUUGCAGGGUUAUUUUAUCUUUCUAACCGAACUAUAUUAAAAAGAGUGGGGUCAAUUCCAUUUCAACUAAACUUGACAUGGGAGACUCGUUGAUGGAUGUCCACUUCACUUAUUUAAUUAGCCAUUGAACCGGAUUCUGCUCUUCUGUACAAGGUGAUUUAAAUGGAAGUACACGUUGAGAAAGUGAGCCGUGUGUAUUGGGGUGCAGAGAGGUCUCGGCCCUGAUGCAGUGAAGCUUGGUAUGGUAACAAAACAAAGCACUCCAAUAAAUAAACUACUGGUGUUAGAUGGGGAGGGAAAAAAUAAAUCAAAGUGCGUUGUCAUUUUUUUCCCCUCA